CAUCUAUAAAGAAGUAGUGCUGUAUCGGAAGAAGAUUUUUCUUUGCGAAUAUUGGGUUCGUUGUGUACCCUAAAUCUUGUUUAGGUUAAUUAAUUUGCGUGUGGUCAAAAACCAAUAACAACAACAAAUAAGCAAGCAAACAUGACAGCGGAGAGUACAGAUGAAAACUUUGAGCGUGAGCUGUUAUGGUGUGUUGAGCAACUAGAGUUGGGCUUAGAAACCCAGAAUCCAAACUCAAAACAAGCUAUGGAGGCCAUGAAGAUCCUGAAGGUUCUGGUCAGUUCCAAGGCUCCAAUGAUCAAGAAAAGACAGGCCAUGCGCAAUGCUUUUGGUGAUUAUAGAAAGAAAAUGCAAGAAAUUGAGCGUAAAUCUACAGCAGCUGCCAAGAGAGUAAAGCUUUCUGCAAGUGGCCAAAAGUCUCAUUUCUACAGAAAAAGUGCUUACAGACUGGGUUCAAAAUUUGCCACAUCUGGUGCUCAGGUGGACAGAAACCAAAAUAACCAGUCUCUGAUUACAACAACAUCCAAUGGGAAUGCAGACUCCAAGAAUACAAACACUUUAAAUUCGCAAGCAGAUGUGUUGACUGAAGAUUUCAAAUUUAACUUUUCCAUAGAGAAUUCUGAAGAUUCUGAAAAGAUUGAUUUUUCAUUAGUUAACGCUAAUAAUGCACUUAAGCAGGUUUCUGAAGAGUCAAAUGUUGAUAAGACAAUAUUUUGUAGAAGUGAUAAUAAUUUUAGAUUUCAUUUUAAUGUGCCAAACUGACUGCUUUUUGAAAGGAAGCAGAACUGAUUGUGUUCUAUGUUUCUGCUGAACACUUUUCAAAAAACUUUUUUUAAUCAAUGUGCACAUUAAACCAAUUGUCUCUGGCAAUAGGAAACAUGAAUUGUGUUCUCAUAUAAAUAUUUUAAAUAAGACCUUCAUUAUCUAUGAAAGUAAUGACAUGAUUUUACUGAUAUGUCUGAUAGAUUGACAAUUUCGAUUGCUCCCAAUUAUGAUAAUCCGCACACACAUAAAAUUAAGGUUUGCAUGGGAAAACUCUUAAUCGCUACAGGUAAUAUAUGUAAAUUCAAUUUGUGGUCGUCUUCAUUUUUUUCAAUAACCAAAACUUUAUUAUUUACGUCUAAUGUAGCAAACAUUAUCAUGCUUAUUUUUCAGGUGAAUGUGUACUUGCACCUCUCGAUCUACUAUAAAAAUAUCACAAUUUAACUUCACAGAUGUGUUCAGGGUCUUUAUAAACUUAUAAACUGUUGUCACAUGUU